AUGGCCAAAAAGGUCUUGUACGCAGCAGGGCUGUUGAUCGAGAGCCUUUUCUUAUGCUGUACAGCUACACAGCAAUUGGAGGCUACAAGCCAGCCGGAAGUUUCCAAAUUUGGUAUGAUGCUUCAACGCCACAUCUUCAAGAGGAUCACGGGGGCCGGUCUUUCAGAUGUGUGCUUGCGGGGAUGCUAUGCUGACGUCAGAUGUCAAAGUUUCAACUACGUCUUUACGCAAGACAUUUGUGAGCUGAGUAACCGAACCAAGGAGGCCAGACCAGAGGAUUAUGUUCCGAACCCCGAGAGAUUUUACUUUAAGCGAGAUUACAAAAGAGGUUUUUACACUUUUAACUGUCUUCUUCCCUUUAAAGACAUUUUCAGAGCACAAAAACUCAACCCCAAAUUAAGGAAUUGUCUCACAUCACCUCCGUUCUUGCCCUAAGUCAAGUCGCCCUCAAUAUGAGUGUCCUCGCCUCCAAGACGAACAUCAAGUCUUGCUUGCUUAGAGUGCUAUGCUAAGAGCUGCUUUUUUUCCUUCCAGUCCCUCUCGGUUCCAUCCCUGAGCUGCCUGCGGAGACUUGCAAGGAAAUCAAAAUGAGCGAAGGAGGACAAGCAGUCAGCCGCAAAUACUGGUUUCACUCGAUUGUACCCGAGAAGACUGCUCUGGCUCCUUGUGACAUGAAAACCGAAGGUGAAUUCAAGUGGUUAUCAAUUCAUAUAUUCUACAGACAAAAAUCGGUUUACUACGAACAAAAACGUCAAUAGAGAUGUCAUGGUUAGACUGCAACUCCCUGCCCCCCCCCAAAAAAAAAAUCGUAUUAUUCGUAGAGGGAAAUGAAAGAAUAAAGCAAACCAAAAUAAAAUUUAAAAAGUGAGAUAUCUGACGGAAACAAAGCUUUGAAGGAAUGCUAUAAUCUCUCUUAAACUGAUCGAUUUGAGAACAGGUAAAAUAGAAUUGAAAAUUUUCUUUCUUGCCACAGAGAUAAUCAUUAAAUAGCAAUCCGUUACCGUUAAGAAAUUUAACGAAUAGGGAAGGGGAAAUUUUGCUUCCUGAAUGGGUCGUACAUAAUAAAAUUUUGGCUCCCGCUGGAUGCAAUUUGUCUGAUGAAUCCACGAACGAGUAAUAAUUCAGCGAAUUCCCUCUUUUUUUCUUUUAAACCGACCGCAAACUAUUUGGUUUUCUCAGACGUGGACGAGUGUAAUUCAACAAUUCCCGUGUGUGACGUCAACGCUGAGUGCGCGAACACCAUCGGUUCUCACAGUUGCUCGUGCAAUGCGGGUUUCACUGGAAACGGAAAAAAGUGUGUCGGUAAGUUAGCGAAAUGACUUUCAUUAUUGCUUGAAGCAAUUUCAUUUUAAAACAAAGCAAAACCAAAACAAUCCCGGCUUAAUCUGGACACGCAAUUAAAAAAAUUGCUUUAAUUUAAUGACCGGUUGGAAUUAUACCCCACACCAUGUCACGUUCAAUUGCUCAUACGGUGAGACGCUUUCGCCAAUAACCGUCAUUUUCAAUCGACUCUUCCUCUUGAGUUCAAACCAUUUAUUUUUUAUGCAUUCUUUCAGAUGUCGAAGAAUGUGCCAAUAAAUCGGAUGACUGUGACGCCAAUGCCUACUGCAACAAUACCAUUGGUUCCUAUCGAUGCACCUGCAAUCCCUGGUACCAAGGAAACGGAACAAGCUGCUAUUUUCGUGAGUUUAACUAACUUUGAGAUACGAGUUACCUCAGUUUGUUAUGAUACUCGCAUUUCGCAUUCUCUACCUUUCUCUAUCGUCAUAUGAAGCUUAUAAUUUUGGAAAUUAGUUCUCGAAUACAUAUAAUUUUUUAACAUGAGUCGUUCCUGAAUCGGGACCAAGAUGGAACUCGUCCUAACAACGGGCUACAUUAUGACCCUUUACUCCCUAGCAUCAGUACACACAUUCUCCACAAUGUUCUCUAUAAAUACCGUAUGGUACUGCCAAGGGGAAUUUAUUUGACAAUACAAGAGCUUCAUAACUUAGUGAUUAUUUCCUUUAUUCUCAUGAUCCUGAUGUUUUGUUCGGCUGUAAUACGGUAAGGAGAAAUUAAAUGUUAAUCCUUCUUAGGGGUUAAAAGGGUUGAAGAAUACGUCUCACUUGGCGCCUAACUGACCACCCCCCUCCUCCCUCAAAAAAGAAACAGUAUCAUUGAUCUUUAAAGUCUGUUGCUCACAACUAUGUCGAACUUUCUAUCUUGAUCAACCUUAAUUCUUCUUUUUUCAUUAUUAUCACGUUUUUAUUUCGUAGUUUCCUUUAAGUCUAAGAAAGCAUUGAUUAGUGCAAAUAAGAUAUCAUUACGUGUACUGGGUUUAGAAACCUGGAAUGUCACCCAAACACGCUUUCAUCGUGUAAACACGUCUGAAAGGGAUACAACGUUUCCAUAAGUGCACCUCUCGGUUCUCACUGGGUCGGAAAGGCAAGUUGUGCCUCAAAUCGAUGUGCGUCACACAACGGUUGUCACGCUGUAAUUCGUAAAAACGAAAAAGCAAGUUGUAGACAUUACCACCAACAAGAUGACGAGUGCAACAUGACGCCAAAACUUCAAGGUAGGACAAUCCUAACCUUUUCUCUCUUUUUCGGUUUUUCGUAUAGGUGGCCUUAAUAAUUCCGCUAUUCUUACCAGCCUCAACUACAACAACUACACAGGUAAACUGCUUUCCUACCUAGAGCCAGUCCUCCUGAGUUCAAAAUGGAGCAGGUUUGUGAAGUGUUGGCACGCUAGGACAGACGGCUGGGCGGCAUCGACAUUCCACAGCAACUGUGAUGGGAGGGGACCCACAGUGACAAUCAUCAAAGUGAACGAUUCCAUAUUUGGUGGAUACACUGACGUAUCAUGGGGCAGUAAGUAUAUCUCGGCCAUUAAGUUCUUUUUUUCAGUGCAAGGUUUGAAGGAUUUAGAAGGACAAAGAAAUAACGUUGGAAGGAUUUGGUCUAGCCUGGUGUCUAAAACAGAAAAAAAAAUGUCUCCUGAAGCUCGUUUCUCGUAACGCCACGAACCAAAAGCCAUAUCUAGUUAUUCGAGUCGAUCCAUUUUGUUUCGUCUCAUGAUAUUCUCGUCGUUUGAAUUUCAAAACUAUCCAUAACUCGACCUUGAAUGUAAAAACGGCAAAAAAAGCAGCUUUUUGUGGCUGAUCCCUGAUCGUACAACUGUCUAAUCUUUGGGUGCAUUUUUGCAUUUCCAUUUUAAUCAACAUUUUAGGUUCCUGUUUUUGGUCUUACGCCACCAAAGCCUUUUUAUUCUCAUUUAACAACAUCAAAGGAUACAAUCCUGUGAAGCUGACACAAUACCGAAACCAGCAACAUGCAAUGUACACAUGUUCCUCUUACGGACCCACUUUUGGCUCGGGACAUGACAUCUUCAUACAUGACGACGCUGUAAACAAUCAACGUUCUUAUACUUUAUGCGGUGGGACGUACUCCAACCCCAAGGAUUAUUUAGCUGGAAAUUGUGGAUUUUUCACAGGAAGUUAUUAUUUUAUUCCAUCUGACAUUGAAGUUUUCUUCGAAAUAGGUAAGUUAUUGUACAGAAACACUUAAAACCCUGUCGUAAAUAUGCGAUGAAUUAAUACGUAAACUCUAAUCCUUGGCAACAGCCAGAGAUUCUAAAAGCGCAUGCGCUGAACUAUAUACAGCAUGGACAUACUAUUCAGGUUAUUGUGGUAGUAGUGGUAAGUGAAUUGAAUCUUAGCUCCAGGAUAUCAAUGCACAUCAACUAAAUCAAGGAACAAAUUGAUCUAGAUGCCAUGUUUUGCCAUGAAAUUGAAUCGCUAAGUCGGGCCGAAUCAAACAGUUCAACCCAACUGAACUGAACUUUUGGUUUUUAGUUCUCGUUUCUCAGUUUUACAUGCACUUGAGAAAAUGUGCUCCCGUGGAAUUUAGUUGUUGUCUUUACAUUAAAAAUUCACGGGGAAAUAUUAAGUUUUAAUGAGAUCACAUGGUUCGCACCUCGCGCUGUGAAUAAGAAGGUGUGGGUCUCGAAUCUUCGUGGAAAACUCCCACGGUUGUGAAAGAAGGAAUCAUACCUUUCUUUAUUCAAGAACGACUGUUAUUGUAAUUUCAUUCGAGUUUCUUUUACGCACACAGGUGGCCUUGGUGCAUCUGAUAUUCUUGGAAGCCUGGACCCCAAUAAAUACUUGGGAAAGCUGAUCUCGUUUUUAGACCCAGUUCUUCCCACUGCAUCCCAUAGUGACUUUUUUAGGUGUUGGCACGCUAAGACUGACGGCUGGGCGGCAUCGACAUUCCACAGCAACUGCGAUGGGAGGGGACCCACAGUGACAAUAAUAAAAGUGAACGAGUACAUAUUUGGUGGAUAUACUGAUGUGUCCUGGAGCGGAGGCAGGCAUAUCAAAUUUUUUAAUAAGGGACGAGACAAGUUUAUAAGAUAUCAUUCCUCUUGGGAUUUAAAGAGGAAGGGGGGGGGGAGGGUGCUGGAGGAAAUAUGAAACGAUGCUCCUCUGAUAAGAGCUCUAAGCCUUUAUUGUUUCAUACUAGUUUUUUGGCCAUCAAGAUUUCUUCACACCUAUAUCGUCUAUAGAAAUGUUUACUAUUUAAUAUACCCGCAAAACGACAUUACACCCUAAAACAUGUAGUAAUGACAACACUUUGGGGUCAUCUGCUUCAAGUCUCAAAACUUUUCACUCGCUUUUCUCCAGAGUAACCCCUUAAAUCCUCCAUAACUGUUUUUGGUACUCGUUUCUGUACCCAAACAAGUAAAAUAUCUCCCUCCCUUUCACAAAUCUCCAGUCUGAGGAAAAACUCUUCGUCUAGCUCAUGAUAGAAACUGCACUCCCCCCCCCCCCUCCUCCUGGGGUUUAUGUUUUCUUCCAACUUUUUAAUGUACAAGUACAUUGUUCUUCUAUUUCAGCUGGUUCUUGCGCUUAUUCCUACGCCAAUAGAGCUUUCAUCUUCUCUCUCUAUAACGUCAAAGGAUACAAUCCCGUAAAGUUGACGCAAUACCAAAAUCAGGAAUAUGCAAUGUACAGAUGUCAUACGCGUGGACCCACCUUUGGCGCUGGGUGUGGUCAUGAUAUCUCCAUAUACGACGACUCUGGAAACAACCAAAACUCUUACACCAGAUGCGGUUCCACGUACACGACACCCUCAGGAUACUCAACUUGUGACUGUGGUUUUUUUACAGGGGGGUCUCAUUUCUCUCCAACGGACGUCGAAGUAUUCUAUGAAGCAGGUAAUCAAGAAAAACAUCCCUUUCCAAGGAUAAAUACUUUGUAGGGCCUGUAGCAAAAUCAAAUCGUGUAUUGUAGAAAUAUUCUUAGAAAGUUGUGUCUCUGGAGUACGGAUAGCUUACUUUUUUUGUCAUUUAAAAGGAAUGUGUAAGCUUAUAAAGUCUCUUUCGCAGCAUUCAUUUGAGUUCGUCACACAAUAAAUGCACAGAGAAAUAUUAAGUUUAAAUGGGAUCACAUGUUUAGCGCAUCGCCCUGUGAAUGAGAAGAUCUAGGACUAUAAUUUUUGUGAAAUACUCUUACGGUUGUGAAAGAAGAAAUAACAUCUUUCUAUAUUCUGGAACGUCUGUUACUAUGAUUUACAUUCGAGUUUCUUUCACGCACACAGGCGGCCUUAGUGCAUCUGUUAUACUUAGAGGCCUGGACCCCAGUAAAUACUUGGGAAAGCUGAUUUCGUUUUUAGACCCAGUUCUUCCCACUGCAUCCCGCACUGAAUUUGUGAGGUGUUGGCAUGCUAAGACUGACGGCUGGGCAGCAUCGACAUUCCACAGCAACUGCGAUGGGAGGGGACCUACAGUGACAAUCAUCAAAGUGAACGAUUACAUAUUUGGUGGAUACACUGAUGCGUCCUGGAGCGGAGGCAGGCAUAUCAAAUUAUUUAAGAGGGGACAAGACAAGUUUAUAGGAUCAACUACCAUUCCCUUUGGGAUUUAAGGGGGAGGGGGGAGGACGCUAGAGGAAAUAUUAAACGAUACUUCUUUGAUAAGAGCUCUAAGCCUUUAUUUUUUCAUAUUAGUUUUUUUGGCCAUCAAGAUUUCUUCACACCUAUAUCGUCUAUAGAAAUGUUUCCUGUUUGAUACACCUUCAGAACUACAUUACAUCCUAAAACAUCCAGUAAUGCAACACGUAGACCAAAGGGGUCAUUUGCUUCAAGUCUCAAAAUUUUUUACUCGCUUUUCUUCAAAGUAAACCCCUCAAGUCUUCCAUAAUUGUUUUGGUACUCGUUUCUAUACCCAAACUAGUAAAAUAUCUCCCUCCCUUUCACAAAUCUCUAGUCUGAGAAAAAACUCUCCGUCCAACUCAUGAUAUGAAAUGAACUCCCCACCCCCCCCCUUCCUCAGGGGGUUUAUGUUUUCUUCCAACUUUUUAAUGUACAACUACAUUGUUCUUCUAUUUCAGCUGGUUCUUGCACUUAUUCCGACGCCAGUAAAGCUUUCAUCUUCUCUCUCUAUAACGUCAAAGGAUACAAUCCCAUAAAGUUGACACAAUACCGAAAUCAGCAAUAUGCAAUGUACAGAUGUAAAACGUAUGGACCUACCUUUGGGAAUGGUCAUGAUAUACACAUAUCCGACGGCUCUGAAAACAACCAAAACUCCUACACCAGAUGCGGUUACACGUACACGACACCUUCAGGGUACUCUUAUGGUGACUGUGGUUUUUUUACAGGGGGGUCUCAUUUCUCUCCAACGGACGUCGAAGUAUUCUAUGAAGCAGGUAAUCAAGAAAAACAUCCCUUUCCAAGGAUAAAUACUUAGUAUGGCCUGUAGCAAAAUUAAAUCGUGUAUUGUAAAAAUAUUCUCGGAAAGUUGUGUUGCUGGAAUACGGAUAGCUCACUUUUUUGUCAUUUCAAAAGAAUGUGUAAGCUUAUAAAGUCUCUUUCGCAGUAUUCAUUUAAGUUCGUCGAGUCUGACGAGGACUUGCCUAAGUUUCCGCGGGGGUUUGUGGGUAUUACAUGAAAACGAAAGGUGUACGUGGUGGGGCUAUUUGAAAGAACGCCUGAGUGAACGAAAAAAUCUCAGACAUGCUUUGAUGCACUCUGGCUUAAAGAUUUGAUGGAUGUAACCGACACUUAAUCAGGGGUGAUAGCGAAGGCACUAGACAGUAGUGUCGAAACGUUGGGUCAAUUGUAACUUUUCGGUUACAUUCAUUAAAUCUUUAAACCAGAGUAGCAUCAAACCAUGCCUGAUUGUCCACCUGGUUGCUUUGUGAACUUUAAAACAAAUUUCAUUCUCUCUGCCGCCUAAAAUACCGCCUGGUAGACGGGCUAAGAAUUUUCUACCUCGCUGGAUCAGUAAUGUUAGAUUAUCUAGCGGGCCGAACGGGGGUCAAGAAUUAUCCACCUAGGAUUCAAAGGCGACACUACAAAUCAAAGAUUAUGUUCCAUUUAUUUGUCCAAUUGUAAUUUUUCCUUUUCUUUUCCCUACUCAGGCCUCAGUUUGUCCGCCAUACUUCGAAGUCUUGAUUACAACCUGUACUUGAAGGUGCUGUUUUCGUAUUUGGACCCAGUCCUUAUCAAUAAAGAGCGUAGCAGGUUUGUGAGGUGUUGGCACGCAGAGACUGACGGUUGGGCAGUAUCGACAUUCCACAGUAACUGCGAUGGGAGGGGACCCACGGUGACGAUCAUCAAAGUUAACAGUUACAUCUUUGGUGGAUACACUGACGUGUCCUGGACCAGCAGUAAGUAAAAAACAAGCAAACGUCUCUCACAUGUAGAACAGAUAACAAAUCGAUUAGUUGUGGACUUUUCUUGUAGCAGCGAGUUCAUCUUAGAAACAGAAAAUAUCACAUUAACAACUGAGAUACCAAAGUAGAUUAACUCGUAAAUAGCCUGAAAACGCGUUUGAAACGGGUUUCAACUUAAAGUCUUGUUUCGGAUUUGAUUUUUUAUUUGAUUUUGAUUUUGAUUUGAUUUGAUUUGAUUCUGACAGCUCCAUUUCGUGCCAUUUCCCCAUUUUUCGUUGUAUCCAUUAUUCAUAUUGGAGAGCUGAAACGAAGGAUGUUUAAUUAAUGCUCUCUUUAGAUCAUAUGUUUCCUUUGAAUAACAAUUCGGACCUUAUUUCAGAUGCUUUUUUUGAAAAGUGAAAAUAUGCUCUCGAGUUCUUGAAAUUUUUACAAACAAAUUAAAGUGCUCGGUUCUGGUUCGGCAAGUAAAAAAAGUAUCUUUUUUUUAAGGUUAUCAUCAUGAAUUUUUUUUCCUCAUUCGCAUUGUUUCUAAUGCUCCUAAAUCUUUUUAUUUUAGGUUGUGCUUAUUCUUCAGCCAGCAAAGCUUUUGUUUUCUCUCUUUACAACAUCAAAGGAUACAAUCCUGUGAAGCUGAUACAAUACCAAAACCAGCAGUACGCAAUGUACAGCUGUUCCUCUUACGGCCCCACGUUUGGUUCAGGACAUGAUAUCUACAUAUCAGAGGACGCAAAAAACAAUCAAAACUCCUAUACUGAAUGCGGCAAAUCGUACUCUAACCCCACGGGUUAUUCGGGUACAUACUGUGGAUUUUUCACCGGAAGUCAUUCUUUUUCUCCAUCUGACAUUGAAGUUUUCUUCGAAAUAACAAACUAAACACUAAAAACUAUGCAGUCUAAGUAAGUAUUAAGUAAGUAUUGUAACAAUAGAGUUAAUAGAGUUAGUGCCUCUUCACACAAGGCCCGGUCAACAGAACUUGCUCUGUAUUCUCUCAGUGCUUUGUUGCUAAUUUUCGUAUUUAAAAAAGCACUCUGAUCGAAUAAAAAUUCAUAGUUAAUUGUACCGAUACACACAUAGUUUUAGUUACAAAAGCAACAGACUGCAC